UCAAACACCAGACUCACAUUAGCACGGUACUAACGUAAACACGGAAGUGGAAAUAUCCCAUUCAAUACGACGCGUCCACGCGGUUAAUGUGCACACUUCGCUACAAAACGGACGCGUAUAAAACAUAAAAGUCGUUUAAAAAUAUUUCUGUUGCUUUUAUAUACUGGUUAACGUAACAGACGUGUUGUUUUUUCGUGCCGUAAAGCGGUUGUGCCGUAUUGCGGCGUGGUGUUGUUGUCUUGCGCCGCACCUGCUCCAGGAUGCGCUUCUUUAACUGGGCCGUUUUGGCCUUUUUGCUGCCGUUUGUCGCCAAGUACGAAACCUUCGCCCUCCAGGAUGUGACGGCCGACCUUUUCGGUGGCAAAAACAACGGCACGCUGGCGGCGUUUGGUGACUUCAACGCCGACAAACAGACGGACAUCUUCAUCAUCAGGGAACAGUCUGAGCUGGUGAUCUUCCUGGCGGACUCCAAAGCACCUUACUUCAAGCCCAGGGUUAACAUCUCCAAAGGCAUUCUGCCAAGCGACACCGUCCUCACCAGCGUGGUCCCCGGCGACUACGAUGGGGAUUCCCAGAUGGACGUCCUCCUCACCUCGCAGAUGAGCUUGACGGACUCUUCGGUUUUCAUCUUUUGGGGCGACAACCAGACAUUAGACACGGUGGGUUGGCUCAGGCUGAACAAGACCUUCAAAGAUCAGCCUCUCGUCAUGGACUUCAAUGGCGACAUGAUCCCAGACAUAUUUGGAGUCACAGACCAGGCCACCACAGAAUAUUGCUCCCUCGUCAACAGGAACGUGUUGUGUCAGAGAGCUCUGAGCUCAGACGUCAACAUGCGUGUCCCUCACGCCAACGCCUUCAUUGACCUCAACAAGGACUUGACCGCCGAUUUAUUCCUGACAACCGAGGGGCCCAAGUUUGAGACCUGGAUCAGCAAGAAUGGCAACUUCACCCGAGCACAAGUUCUCCCUGAAGACCCUCCCGUCCCCAAAGUGGGCCAGUCCUCCUUUGCUGACUUCGAUGGUGACGGCUACCAGGACCACCUCCUCCCCGUCUGCUUGGACGAGGCCUGCCAACGCAGCGCCAUCUACCUGGCCAAGUCUGGCUCCAAAGAGUGGGUCUCCGUGCUGUCAGACUUCCAGCAGAGGGGAACUCUGUGGAGCUUCGUGCCAGGGAGGCCCAACCAGCCUCUGGCCCUCCACCUGGGGGACUACAACCUGGACGGCUUCCCGGACGCUCUGGUGGUCCUGAGGAACACCAGCGGCAGUGGGCAGCAGGCGUUCCUCUUAGAGAAUGUUCCGUGUGUGUCUGCCAGCUGUCAGAGAGCAGGCAGGAUGUUCCAUGUUCUCUGGGACCAGACUGACCUCAGCAACAUCCCCAACGCCAUCAUGGCCACCUUCUUUGACAUCUACGAGGACGGUAUAUUGGACAUGCUGGUGGUGAGUCAAGCAGAGGCCAGGAGAGACUUGACGAUCCACGCUUUGAAGAACAACUAUGAAGCCGACGCCUACUUUGUGAAAGUGAUGGUGCUCAGCGGCCUUUGUUCCAACGCCUGCCCAGGUAACAUCAAGCCGCUGGGAGUGAACCAGCCAGGUCCGUACGUCAUGUACACCACGCUGGACUCCAACGGCAAGCUGAAGAACGCCUCAGCCGGUCAGCUGAGCCAGUCGGCCCACUUCUCCCUGCAGCUGCCCUACACCGUGCUGGGCCUCGGACGCAGCGCCAACUUCCUGGACCACUUGGUGGUGGGCAUCCCUCACAGGCCCGGGGAGAUGGAGUUGAGGAAGAAGGAAUGGACGGCCAUCAUCCCCAACUCUCAGCUCAUUGUCAUCCCUUACCCACACAAUCAACCCAGCAGUUGGACCGCCAAACUGUACCUGACGCCCAGUAACAGCGUGCUGCUGACCGCCAUCGCCCUCAUCGGGGUGUGUGUCUUCAUCCUCGUCAUCAUCGGCAUCCUCCACUGGCAAGAGAAGAAAGCAGACGACCGCGAGAAGAGACAAGAAGCUCACCGCUUCCAUUUUGACGCCAUGUGACCCAGCAGUGUUGCAUCAUGGGAGAUUGUCCCCCUUAACUUAACUCUUCUCCUGCUGUGACCCCUUUCUACUUGCCCCCUUUUUAUUUGUGCCCCUCUCUACUUCCCCCCUUUUUAUUUCACCCUUCAUUUUUCCCUUUUCUUUGUCUGUUUAUUACUCCCUUUUUCAACCCUUCAUUUCCCCCCCUUUUCUUUUACCCUUAAUGUUCCC